AUGUCGCAACUAAAAACUUCAGUUAGUUUAAGUGCCGAGAAAACAAGUAUACAUGAUAUGUUAAAAGACACACCACCACUUGAUAGAAGUACCAAUACCAAUGUAUCGGCUUCUGCAGCAAAUUCAAGUUGUCCAUACACUCGUUCAAUUCCAACCUCUCUACCCACAUGUACCAGUUCCCCAGCUAUAUUAACUCCGUCAUCCCCAACUCAAAACGAGGAUUCCACCAUUCUCAAAACUUCUUCUCGAAUUGAAAAUAUAAAAAAUUGGUCUAUAUCCACUUACAAAUGUACUAAACAAAUUAUGUUUGAAAAAUUGGGAAAGUCGUCCAGAACUGUCGAUGCAGAACUGGAAACGCAGAUUGACCAAUUGAGGGAAACACAAAAAAAGUACAUUAAUAUUUUACGGUUAGCAAGAGCUCUCACUAGUCAUUUUUACCAUGUUGUUCAAACUCAGCAUGCCUUAGGAGAAGCAUUCUCUGAACUUGCUCAAAAAUCUCCAGAACUACAAGAAGAAUUUUUAUAUAACUCUGAAACGCAACGAAAUUUGACAAAAAAUGGUGAAACACUGUUAGGGGCAUUAAAUUUUUUUAUAUCAUCUGUUAAUACAUUAUGUAAUAAAACAAUUGAGGAUACUUUACAAAGUAUUAGACAAUACGAAGCUGCACGGAUUGAAUAUGAUGCUUAUCGUACUGAUUUGGAAUCCAUGUCUACAAAACCAGAUGGAACUAUAGGGCUUGAAGAAGCGCAACAGGGAUAUGAAGUACACAGACAACAAUUUAUGAAAUUGAGAGCUGAAGUUACUAUUAAAAUGAAGUUUCUAGAUGAAAAUAGGAUAAAAGUGAUGCAUAAACAGCUGCUUUUAUUUCACAAUGCAGUUUCUGCAUAUUUCUCUGGAAAUCAACAAGCUCUUGAAGCAACCCUGAAGCAAUUUAAUAUCAAAGUAAAGACACCCAAUUCAACCUUUCCUUCAUGGUUAGAACAGUAGAUUUGAUUAAUAUCUAAGGCACUCAUACAAGCAUUAAAUAUCUAGUCAGUUAUUUUAAUAACAUUAAAGGAUAACUUGCAGAUGUUUUACAGAUAAACAUCCUCUUAUUUAUGAACGUUUAAUUUGUACAUAUCUAUAAUUUUUUAAAUAUAUGUGUUUUAUGUAGUACAUACUAUUAUUUGAUAGUUGAGGACAAAAUAAAUCACAGAAAAUAUUUUAAUGCUAUUAAAAUAGUUCUAUAUGUAGGGAGAAACCUUUUCAAUUUUUAAUUUAUCUGCAAAAUGUCUGAUACAUCCAGCAUAUUUUUUUAAGCUUUAUAUUUUAUUUAUAUAAUGUUUUAUUGAUACGAUAAUAUAAAUUAUUAGAAAAUGUUUUUGUUCAUGUUGACUAUCGUAAUAUUACAGGUUGUGAGCAUUUUUAGAAUUUGUUAUGGUAGAAUUCCAAAAACAGUGUUAAAAAGUAACACAUCAGAAAUGACAUGCAACAAAUUUAUUGCAAACCAGGAACAUAUCCAUCAAUAUACAGGGUGUGCCAUUUAACACUCCCGCUGCCAAUAUCUCCGAAAUGAAGAAAUUUAUUUUAGUUU